ACCACUGCGAAACAGCGAUGAAGAAGAAACAAAACAGCAGAAGGCAGCAAAGUCAAUAAGGGGAGGGAAGCCUGACCUCCAAGUCUCGCCAUUCUCGCCCUCUCUCUCUCAAUCACACAAUCAAACCGCUUAAUUCAUCUUUCCCUCAAUUUGUUUUUCUCGAUUUCGCCCCUAUUCGGUGAUCCGAUUACGCGUUCUUUUGUUGUUUUCUUCAUUUUGUUCGCGGCUUUACAGUUGUUUUGUUGGGAAAACGUCGGCGGUUUUGUUUUUUUCGUCUGAUUUGAGUCGGUUUUUUUAGGUUUUUGGCUAUUCCUGUGAGGUAGAUGUUGAUUAUUGCUGCGGUGGCGGUGAUUGAGGCGCUUUGAGAUAACAUGGAUAUCGAUAUUCUGUGCUGCUUCAAAUGCUCGGAGAUUGGAGGAGGGCGUUCGUCGUCUGGGUCGGGGAAGGGAAAGAGCCACCAGGGGAAUGCUAAGUAUGGAUUUGUAUUAAUAAAAGGGAAGGCAGAUCAUCCCAUGGAGGACUUCCAUGUUUCUAAAUUCAUGCCGGUCCAAGGGCGUGAGUUGGGGCUGUUUGCCAUAUUCGACGGCCAUUUGGGGGACAGUGUGCCAGCUUACUUACAGAAGAAUAUGUUUCCCAAUAUCUUGAAGGAGGAGGACUUCUGGACGGACCCGUGUAGGUCUAUCGCAAAAGCUUACGAGAGAACUGAUCAGGCGAUUCUAUCGCACACCCCUGAUCUCGGCAGGGGUGGCUCUACUGCAGUCACUGCCAUUCUGAUCGACGGCCGGCAGCUAUGGGUGGCCAACGUUGGAGAUUCACGGGCAGUCCUUUCCCGGAAAGGGCAGGCCAUACAGAUGACGAUCGAUCAUGAGCCAAACACCGAGCGCGACAGCAUCGAAAACCGAGGUGGAUUUGUCUCGAACAUGCCAGGAGACGUCGCGCGAGUGGAUGGACAGCUGGCUGUUUCUCGUGCCUUUGGAGACAAAAAUUUGAAGACGCACUUGCGAUCCGACCCGGAUAUAACGAGCGCUGAUAUUGAUGCAGACACCGAUCUCCUCAUCCUCGCCAGCGACGGAUUAUGGAAGGUGAUGUCGAAUCAAGAAGCUGUGGACAUUGCGAAGAAGAUCAAAGAUCCUCAGAAAGCGGCGAAAGAAUUAGCGUCGGAAGCACUGAAGCGAGAGAGCAAGGACGACAUCUCCUGCAUUGUCGUCCGAUUCUGAGCGGUAUCGGAUCGAAGGACGCCGUGCAGCUCUCUCGGCGCAGUGCCUCCGGCCGCCUCCGACGAUGGAUAAUGACAGAUGAAAUGGUGCCGGAGAUUGCGAGGUACAACAGGUGCUGCUGUUGGCUGUCUAUAUAUAUAUAUAUAUAUAUAAGAAUGGUUUUUCUCUGUGUGAAAAAAAAAAAGAAGGCUUUUUGUUGUUUGAGUUUACUAUUGGUUGAUUUAUGCUUGUUUGUUUCUUCUUGUGUAGAGAUUUUUACCAUU